AUCACUUGCAUCUGCAUCCGCACCCGCAUCGGCAUCAACAAGUGCAAAGUUGCGGACUGCUUUUCCGAACUCACGCAUUGCAUUACUCCUUACAGCAAAGAUCACUGAUCAGUACUAAAUAAAGCGGAUCCGGACAAUAGUCCCAUCGGGAAAUUGUGGUAUGCAUUAGAUAACAGUUUCAACGUCCACACAUUCUCGAAACGACCUCAAUCUACUUCAAUCCUACACUAGCUGCUUGUUACAGCCUUACACGACAGUCUCCAAAUCAUCCAAAACCCACAGCCACAUACAAUCAUGACUACAUUACGACCAGGCCGCCUGGCCGGCAAGAACGCCAUCAUCACAGGAGCUGCCGGCGGUAUCGGCCUCGAAACCACCAUCCUUUUCGCAAAGGAAGGCGCAUCAGUCCUGAUGACCGACAUCUCCGAGCCAGCCCUAGCUAAAGCCAUUGAGAAAGUCAAAGAAAUCGUCCCCGACGCUCCUAGGCUUAGCACUUUGAAAUGCGACGUCUCCAAGGAAUCCGACGUCGCCGCCGCCGUCGAGUCGCAAGACCAAUACGGCGGCAUCGACAUCAUGUUCAACAACGCCGGAAUCAUGCAUGCUAAGGACGACGACGCCAUCGGCACGCCCGAAGCGAUCUGGGAUCUCACACAAGCCAUCAAUGUCAAAGGUGUCUGGUACGGGAGCAAGCACGCCGUCCUCAGCAUGCGCCGACACAAAAAGACAAAGGGCUCCAUCAUCAACACAGCGAGUUUCGUCGCCAUCCUGGGCGCAGCGACUCCGCAGCUGGCGUACACUGCCUCGAAAGGCGCCGUGCUGGCCAUCACGAGAGAGUUGGCGAUCGUCCACGCCCGGGAGAACAUCCGCUUCAACUCGUUGUGUCCUGGUCCACUGAACACACCGCUUUUGCAGGACUGGUUGGGCGAUGAUCAGGCGAAGAGGCAUCGACGUGAAGUCCACCUUCCAAGUGGUCGUUUCGGAGAAGCCAUUGAACAGGCUCAGGCGGUGCUGUUCCUGGCCAGUGACGAGAGCAGCUACAUCAAUGCUGCUGACUUUAUGGUCGACGGUGGUUUGAGCAAGGCAUAUGUCACGAGUGAAGCUCCUCCGGCUGUGGGACCGCAGAACAAUGCUCAUUGAACGAUUGUUAGGGCUCAGAGGAAAAUGCCAUCGUCUUACGUUGUAUGGGAUAAUAGAUCGAAGAAAGCGUUUGACAUUAUGGCUGCAUUAGGCUGGGGAUGGAUCGCGGUCAAUGGAGUUGACAUUGACUACACAUUGAGGGCAAAUUGAUAGACUGGGAGCAGCUUAGAGGAGAAUAUUGCUAUUCAGAAUCAUCGUUCCUACUUUCGACUCCUUUGUUCAUUGGUACAAGUUGUACUUAAA